GGUUAGUCAACAUCAAAACUGCCGAAUUUAUACGUGUUUAUUUUACAUUCUUUUUUCAAACGAAGAUUUGAAAAAAAAUACAAUACCUCUCUUUUAUAUGAAACAACCACCAGAAAUGUCAUUGCCAGAGGCGACAUGGCUGAUGAAGCGAAUGAGAAUCCGGAAGGCCUCCAAGAAGGCGUUAUUUAUGUACGCAACACCUUAAGCGAGCUCGCUGACAUUUAUUUAAAACCCAAGCAACAAUCUUUCGAUAGUAUGGCACUGUACGCGGUCUUGUCCGAGGAAGCUAUAGACCUGUUACAAAAAAUACUGGAUCAUCAUAAAGAAGAGUUUAUUACAAGUGAAAAUAUAAAUUUUUGUUAUUCUUUGAAUUUUCCAACCAGUUGGGAUUAUAAAAUAAGAGAAGAAUUGUUCCUGCCUCUAUUCGUAAAAGCUGGUCUUCUCCAUGAAAAUGAUGGUCCAGGCAGGCUAGUGUUUUUUUCAAUGUUAGAGUUAAAUUUUCAAAACAUGCAGAUGAAUACAAAUUUCCGGAGGAAAAGAAACAUAAAGUAUGGUGAUCAGCGCGUUAUGUGUACAAUAGAUUAUCAAGAUUAGAACAACGAAAAAUGGUGCCACAACUGUUAAAACAGGCUCACUGUGUAAUCUCGUUUGGACUAAACGAAGUACGAUUGUCAUUAAUAGCAUGUGUGGAAAAGCAUUGUGACACUACGUUAUCAUCAGAAUCUAUCGACGACAUGCUUGAAAAACUCAAUCAAAAGUGCGAAGAAGCUGGUUUUCAUAACAACAAAUGUUGUUUUAGAUGAACGGCCAUUGCCAGACUUGAAAUCUCGCUGGACGAAUGACUCAAUCACUUUAGAGGACAUACUUGAACAUUUU